UUACAGUGUCGGACGAUGUAGCAUACACAUUUUAGAUAGCUUGUAUUACGUGUUUAGAAGUUGUGGACCCAAUUUAUUCGUUAACUGUCUCGUUUUAGAACCCCAGGUAGCUGGAUAACUGUUUAGCCGAUGUGUGCCACAUAGAUUCAAAUCAAAUAGAAAUGACCAAAUCUAAAAGAGCUUUCUAGCAGCUAAAUACACCAGACUAUCUGCCUGACCUUCCUCCAGUAUCUCUGGUACAUAUGAUUGUUCUGAUUUGUUCUUGGUAAACGUGUAUUGACUCUAAUAUUACAAUACUAGGCCAAUACUAAAUAGGGGGUAAAAUGUAUUUGUACGGAACUCAAAAUAUACUAGAUUUUUUAAAAGUAGCCGUCGUCGUACAUUUAACGGAGCUUUGCUUUUCUUUUCCAGCUCGGGAGGACAUAAUUCGGUAUUAUGGUACUCCUGCGGCUGUGAGUUUGUGGCCGUCUCAAGAUGAGGAGUCCGACUGUCGUUCCCAAGCUGUGUCCCUUUCCCGUUUCCCCGACCCCCUGAGUGUCUUCACUCCGUUCUGGGCCCGCCCCGUCUACGGCGAGACGCUCCCCGCCCCCGUCACCAUCAAUCACGCCGACCACUAUCCUGCCCCAAGUGACGACGAUGAAAGUGACUACUGGGUGUACGAGGACGAGGAUGACCACAGCUUCGUGGAUGACCGAGAGAUUCAUCCCUUGAGAAAGGCGCUGACGAGAGCGGCUGCCUUCUUUAGGAAGAUCUUCUCGUAGACUCCUUAUCCUUUUAAUGUCUGAAUGUGUGUGUGUGUGAGUGAGUGAGUGAGUGAG